UGAGCUGACGCCAGAAGAGAAAAGCACUUUCUUUUAGGUUUAGCAGCAAGUAGCAGCAGCCACAGAAGCGGCAAUGAGGCGCUGUGUAUUCCUCACUGUGUUGCUCAGCCUGGUGUUGAGCCUUUCGAAAGGACAAGAUGCUGAAAAUAACGGCACACCUGUAAUGACAACCCCAGCAACUACAGCAGGAAACAGUGAAACAACUGGGGAUACACCUGUGACAGCAACCCCAGGAACUACAGCAGGAAACAGUGAAACAACUGGGGAUACACCUGUGACAGCAACCCCAGGAACUACAGCAGGAAACAGUGAAACAACUGGGGAUACACCUGUGACAGCAACCCCAGGAACUACAGUGGAGUUGUGCAAUCCAGACCCUUGUGGAGGACAACUGGCUACAUGUGUUGCUUUAAAUAGCACUUCUACCUGCCUGUGCAGGUAUGGGUUCUACUAUAGCAAUAAGGAUUGUCAUAAAGGAAAAAUAUACCCAGGGGUCAUUACACUGAAAGGAACUUACAGUAAUAGUAUUCAAAAUAUAAAUUCUGUGCAGUAUGAAGAAAUGUUCCAAAAUAUAACAGCAUUUUUUGGGAAUGCCUUCAAAGAUUUAAAAGGCUUCGGACAGACUGUCAUCGUGAAAAUUCAACCUCAAAAAGAAGUCAGAGCUUCUUCUUCAAUUGAUGUAAUAGUGACAAACCUGUUUAUGGAGAACUCAUCUGUAAUCCAAGAGACAGUUACUUCUGCAAUAAAUAAAGCAGCAAAUAAUUCGUCCUAUGUCUCUCUGUACAAAGAUACAACCUAUUGUGUCGCUUUUAAUUGUGACCUUCAAACCACAACCUGUGAAGACAGUAUGUUUCCAAAAUGCAUAUGCAGAGAUGGUUUCUCAAGGACAGAAUGGGAUGAUCGUUCUUGUUCGGAUUGCAGUGAAGACUGUUCUGCAGAAGAAAAUGAGUACUGUGCAAAAGAAAAAGGGAUUCCAACAUGCAAAUGCAUGACUAACUUUGAAAAGAAGGAUGAAGAAUGUGUAGCUUGUCCAGUGGGCUACUCUGGAGACAACUGCAAUAAUAAUAGGGAACUCAUCCUUAUAAUAGUGGGUACAGUGUUUGGAGCCAUUAUCCUGAGCUUAGUGAUAGCAGUCGCUGUUAUUUCAGUAAGAGCCAAACACAAACGUGAUCCAGAGAAGAAGAGCCUGAUUAAAACAGGAUAUUCCAACCCAAAUGUUGAUAAUGAUAGACAGUCCACGAUGUUCCCCAGAGUCCAGACCACUUCUGGCCAUGCAAACCCAGGAUAUCAGCCAAACAACCCAUAUGAGAUGCGUUCUGCCAAUAGAGGUCGUUUUCCAGAAAGGGAUUAUGAUGAUUUGUACGAAAUAUCACGAGAGCCUGGGGGCUUUAGGACGCAGAGCAGAUACUAAGCGGCCAGAGCGGUGGAAGGAUGGACGACCACCGUGACAGUGGGUCAGGCCAAAGAGUUUCACAGCUUCUCACCAAUGCAGUUACUUCAGCAGAAGAGACAACAAAGACCAUAAACCCAGAUUCUCUGAAAAUUUUCUAAAGGAAGAUGCCUGCUUGAAAGAGAUCACGGACAACUCUCUGAAAUAAGAAAAAAUGAAGCAGAGGGUAGGGAGAAGACGACGACUUUUAAAAGAACUAACGGUCUUCAGUAAACAUUAGACUUCUUUCAGGAGGCCAGUACAUUGGCAAGGGAGUGGGUACACCAGGAUUUAAACCCUGCUGGUUUUCAAUUCUUCUGGAAGAUGGUUCAGGCAAUGUGUUUGAUGCUGAAAAGUAUCAGCACCCAGAGCUUUGUCUGUAUUUGUGCUCAUGCCAUUUCUGCUACAGGCAGCCUGCAUGGCUUUGGGCAGAUGAAAACUGUUCUUCAUGAGAACCUAAGCUGUUUCUCUUUACUGUAUCAGCUACAGUCUCUUUUCCCUCCUCAACCCCCCAGAAUUUCCUAUCUGAAAGCAUUCUGUUCAGAUCUCUGCUGACAUGCGUUGUGUGAGACAAUGGUACUUGUCUGACCUUUUAUACAACCUGCCUUCCCAAUACAAUGACAAGAAACAAUAUCUUCAAACAAACACUAUUGUUCUGCAUCUUGCACAACUACACUGAUUUUACAUUCUCAGCUCCUGUGGAAAGUGUUAGCAUUUUUUUUUCUCUUGUACUCCUUAUGUUCUGAUCGAAUGAUCUCAAAGUUGGUUGGGGUUUUUUUUUGUUUCUUACAUACACUCAAUAAAUCUGUCUGUAAAAGAAUC